AAAUCGAAUUCAAAUAACAUAUUUCGAGUAUGCGUCAAAAGAAAAAGGUGCAGUUGUAAUAAUUGUGAUAGAGGUGGAAAAUCUGUCAGAUUGGUAUAUAAAUGAAGUGGGUUGUGAACGUCUCUCUUUUAUAACCUCAAAAAUGCGCGAGAACUAUUACUGUGGAAUAGCGAAGUAGGCUUUAAAUUUAGUUUAUUUAGUGUUAAAGUGAUUGCAUUUUCAUUAUGCCGUCGAAAAAAAGAAAAUACAAUGCCAGAUUUCCAGCAGGGCGUAUUAAGAAGAUAAUGCAGACUGAUGAAGAAGUGGGGAAGGUGGCCCAGGCAGUACCUAUUAUAAUUUCUCGUACCUUGGAGCUGUUUGUGGAGUCAUUGCUGAGCAAGGCAAUGCAAGUAACAAUGCAGAGGAAUGCCAAGACUCUCAGUCCAUCACAUGUCAAGCAGUGUAUACUAGCUGAGUCUAGAUUUGAUUUUUUAAGGGAUUUGGUUAAAAAUGUGCCAGACGUGACAGCAGCAGAGGAGAAAGAGUUACAGAGCGGGGAGAGUUCACCUAAUUCUUCAAGAUUCUCAGACUCACUAUCUAAGAGGCUAGUCAGAGAUGAUUCAAACAGUUCGAGUAGCUCAGAUGUUAAGGUGACACCAUUGAUACCACCGGGAGAUUUCAACCAAUGCCUGUCUGUUGAAGCAGAUAGACCUGAUAUAGAAACAAUACCCGAAGCCAUAGAUCUAACGAAGAAAGAUAGUAAACCAAUCAUCACAGCAGCUAAUUUCUAUCAAGAAACUUUACCGGACGAGGUACCGCAUAAAAGUGUGAUAAAGCUGAAUCCAACUUAUGCCAGUCCACAACCCUCAACGUCUAGCUACGCGAUUUUAAAAUCAGUUGACGUGAAAACAGAUCCCGUUUUCCCGCAACAGGACUCGUUCUUAAUACGUCAAGCGACACCCCCUUUAACACCAAUAACCCCAAUCACACCAAUUUUUAACAUAGAUUUCACAAAAAACCUAGCCAAACCAGAAAUAAAAGUGCUAGAUGCGAAUGCUGUGAAAGAUAAGAAAGUGAUUAGGCAGAAUUCAAAGUCAAAAGUGAAAAAAAUUGAAAUUCCAAAGCCGGUGAUUCUAGAUAAUAUUACCACUGAUUUGCAAAUUGAUGAAGACUAUGAUACCUGAUGUGUUUUUUUUUGUGUUCAAUUAGUGCUAUCCAAACUGAUCUGGUAAUUUCAUUCAUAAUACAUAAGUUGAUAUAAGAAUAAAAGUGAUGUUAACUCUUUAUCAGCAUUGACAAGUAUAUAGAAAAGGCUAUCUAGUCUACUAAAACUCAAUUGCAUUGACAUUGAUUGGGUGUAGCUAAAACUUGUAUGUUAAACACUGAAAUAUGUAUGCAUUUAAAAUAUCUAUUAUUUACCUAAUUAUUCUUAUAGCAAUGCAUGUAGUCACCAACUGUCGCGGGAUGUUAUAAAUGGUGUAGAACACUAAUUUAAAACUCCUUUUUUAUUAAGUAUUUAAAUAUUUAAACUAAAAAGUGAAAUACCACUCACUUUAAUCUAAAUUUUUCCGCAACACACCAAAAAAAUAUGUUUUUGUUAAGUUUCCAUGUUUUAUAUAUGAGUUAAAAAAAUUACAUAAAUAAUGAGUGAAUUACAUAUUGCAUGCAUACCGCUCUAUCAAAGCUUUAUCCUAAUGCUUUUAAUUCUUUAUAAUUGCAACUUACCCAGGGUAAUAGGCAUAGGAUAAAUGGGUUUUUAAUUUUUAUAGUUACUAUUAUAAAAAAAAAAAAAGAACUGGAUACAACUUAUAGCUGUUGCAUGUUUUGUACAUAUCUCCUGUUACUUACCUAAAUAAUUUCUUCCAGGUUUAUAGUAUGUUAAUGGUAUCAAGUAAGGUUUCCAUUAGCACAUUAUUUUUUGUCUCUAUAAGUGUGAGCAAACGGAAAUAGUUAUUGAAUUAAACAUUGACUUAUAAAAUAUUAAAUUUAUCCAGAACAUGCCAGUUUCAAGUUUGGAUAGCACUUGUCAUUUGUUGUUUACCAUUUUAGGUAUAUUUAAGAAGUCAGACAUUUUGUAAAAUAUGUGUGUGAAUUGUAAGUGUUGAUUGUCCUUGAAGACGUUUUUGUUUUUAAUCUAAAUUAUUUUAAGUAAUGAUUAUUUUUAUCAUUAAAUAAAUAAAAUGUGACUAGUAUGUUCCAUGUACAUUUUAUAUUCUAAAUUUUCCAAAUUAUACUUAGCCAUUAUUUAAAGAAAUUUGGAAGGUUUUAGACUUUUCUAACAAAACAUUUGUUUCAAGAAAAAAUGUAUUUACUGGUUUAAUUUUAUUAGGAUUACUGGUAAUUACAUACUAAUUUAAAUUGCUGCAGUUGAAUGGCUAGUAAUGUACUAGUUAUGAUUUAUUUAUCUUAGGGAGCAUUCAAGUAUUCGUAACGAAUUUUUGCAAAACGUUACGAUACGGGGCGGGGAUUGAAUUACGCGUUAUUGUUAAUAUUAUUUUCAACUUUCCAG